AUGAUGUACAGCUUCAUGGGAGGGGGCCUGUUUUGUGCCAUCGUGGGGAACAUCUUGCUGGUGGUCUCCACAGCCACAGACUACUGGAUGCAGUACCGUCUGUCCGGCAGCUUCGCCCAUCAGGGCCUGUGGAGGUACUGCAUGUCUGGAAAGUGCUACAUGCAGACUGACAGCAUUGCCUACUGGAAUGCCACCCGUGCUUUCAUGAUCCUCUCUGCCAUGUCAUGCUUUGCCGGCAUCAUUGCGGGAAUCCUCUCCUUUGCCCACUUCUCAGCCUUUGAGAGGUUCAACCGCUCAUUUGCUGCUGGGAUCAUGUUCUUUGUGUCCACUCUCUUCGUUUUGCUUGCAAUGGCCAUUUACACCGGGGUGACGGUGAACUUCCUGGGAAAGCGUUUUGGUGACUGGCGCUUUUCCUGGUCCUACAUACUAGGUUGGGUGGCGCUGCUCAUGACCUUCUUUGCAGGUAUAUUCUACAUGUGUGCCUACAGAAUGCAUGAGUGCAGAAGAGUGGCUGGCCCGCGUUAAAGUAAACACAAACUACUGUGUCAAGGGCGCAAAUGAUGUCAAUUCCCAUAAAAAUAGAG